UUCUGCAAGAGGCCAGUGUCUGCGUCAUACAGCAUCUUGGAAUCUUCAAACAAGGCCAGAUUUACAGCUGGGUCAGUUGUGAGCUUCAAGUGUAUGGAAGGUUUUAUUUUAAACACUUCUGCUAAAAUUGAAUGUGUUCGAGGUGGUCAGUGGAAUCCUUCCCCCUUGGCUAUCCAGUGUAUCCCUGUUCGUUGUGGAGAACCAGCAAGCAUUGCAAAUGGGUAUUCGAUUGGCACAAAUUACAGUUUUGGAGCCAUUGUGGCUUAUAGCUGUAUUAGAGGCUACUAUAUCAAAGGAGAGAAGAAGAGAACAUGUGAAGCAACAGGAACUUGGAGCGGUACUAUGCCAACUUGUCAUCCAGUGUCCUGUGGUGAGCCACUAAAACUUGCAAAUGGAAUGAUUAAGAAUAUAACAGGACGUUUCUUUGGAAGUGAGGUGACAUACCAAUGUGAUGAAGGUUACCAGUUGAUUGGAAGUGCAAGGUUAUUUUGCCAGUCAAAUCGUCAGUGGUACAGUGAAGCACCACCUUCUUGUGUGAUCCUCAAUUGUGGAGAACCACCUCCUUUCCAGCAUGGAUUCAGCAAGGGAAAAAAAUUUGAAGUGGGAGCCAAAGUCACUUUUUUUUGUGAUGAAGGCUAUGAAUUGAUUGGAGAUGUUUCUUGGACCUGUCAGAAGUCUGGAAUGUGGAACAAAAAACAAAGCCCCCAGUGUGUCCCAACUAAGUGUCCAGAGCCACCAUUAAUUGAGAAUCAACUUGUCUUGAAGGAGAUGACUGAUCAAGUAGGGGUAGUACAGUUGUCAUGCAGAGAGGGCUUUAUUUUGUAUGGUGCUUCCAUCCUGAAAUGUUUGUCAUCCCAACAGUGGAAUGACUCUUUUCCUGUCUGCAAAAUGGUACUCUGUCGUAAACCUCCACAUAUUCCUUUUGGGGACCAUGUGGUGCCUUCUCUGCAUUUUGGUAGCACAGUGAGCUAUACGUGCAUGGAUGGAUUUUUGCUGAAGGGAAUGUCUACCAUUAUUUGCCAAGCAAAUGGUACAUGGAGUUCUCCACUUCCAGAAUGCAUUCCAGUGGAAUGCCCACAGCCAGAGGAAAUUCGGAAUGGUAUUGUAGAUGUGCAAGGCCUUACCUAUCUCAGCACGGCACUGUAUAAUUGUAAACCAGGUUUUGAGUUAAUAGGAAACAUGACAAUUCUUUGUGGAGAAGAUGGACGUUGGCUUGGAGGAAAGCCUUAUUGCAAACCCAUUGAAUGCUCCAAACCCAAGGACAUUAAGAAUGGCCGAUAUUCAUAUAUUGAUCUACACUACAAACAGACAAUUACCUAUUCAUGUGACAGAGGAUUCCAACUUGAGGGGCAGAAUGUCCUAACCUGCCUGGAAACGAGGGAGUGGGAUGCAGGCACUCCAUCUUGUAGAGCAAUUAACUGUGAUCCUCCCCAGCCUAUUGAGAAUGGGUUCGUAGAAGGUGCAGAUUACAGCUAUGGUGCCAUGGUUAUAUACAGCUGUAUUCCAGGAUUCCAGCUUUCUGGUCUUGCUAUGCAGAUCUGUGAGGAAUCAGGAUGGUCUAGUGUUAGUCCAGUAUGUCUACCAACCGACUGUGGCCUUCCUCCCCAUAUAGACUUUGGAGGAUAUGUAACAAUCAGCAGUGAAGAAAAGCAUUUUGGCCAAGAGGAUAUAUUAGAAGAGAGCUUCCUUAUUGCUAGCCAAUCUCAUUUAUCUCAGAAAGACACACAACAUUCCUCAAAAGCCAUUAAUAGUUUACCACUAUCAGGCUAUUUAUAUGGGACUACAGUGUUGUAUAGUUGCUAUUCUGGCUAUGAACUCUUAGGAAAUUCCAUGCUAGCUUGCCAAGAAGAUGGAAUGUGGAAUGGUAGUGCUCCUGUCUGCAUUUCCAUUCAGUGUGAAUUACCACUGUUUCCAGAAAAUGGCUUUGUACAUUUUACAGAGAACACUAUUGGUAGUACAGUGAAAUAUACUUGUAAGCCAGGCUAUAAACUGAUUGGAUCAGAUACAAGACAUUGUAUGUCUAGUAGGCAGUGGAGUGAUUCAGCACCAACCUGUGAGAUAAUAUCAUGUGCAGUGCCUAGCAGACCCAUCAAUGGCAUAGUAAAAGGAGAAUCUUACACAUAUGGCAGUGUGGUCCAGUAUGAUUGUGAUCAUGGGUUUCAGCUAAGUGGUUUAGUUAAGAGAACCUGCCAGUCUGAUCAAAAAUGGGAUGGAAAUGAUCCAUUAUGCAUUCCCAUUUCCUGUGGCCAAGCUCCCUAUUUAGAGAAUGGUGAAGUGAGUGGAGAAGAAUAUACAUUUCAAAACUAUAUUGAAUACAGUUGCAAAGAAGGUUUCCUGUUGGAAGGGGAUCGAAAGAGAGUCUGUCUUGCAGAUGGAAAUUGGAAUGGGAGUACUCCAGUGUGUAGGCUAAUCCAGUGUUCUGAACCAGUGAAACUUGUUCAUGGGCAGAUAAUUGGAUCAGAAUUUGGCAUUGGAAAGAGAAUUAAGUAUUUCUGUGAUGAAGGGUAUAUAUUGCGUGGUGCACUCUUACAUACCUGUCAGGCUAAUGGUACAUGGGAUAAAGAACCUCCAUUCUGUGAACCUGUCAACUGUGGGCCUCCUGAGGACAUCUCUCAUGGUUUCCUGAAUGGUUCCCUCUUUAGUUAUGGGGAAUAUAUAGAAUAUGUUUGCUUCCCUGGUUAUGAGUUGGAGGGUAAUCCAGUGAGGCAAUGUCAGUCAAAUGGUUUAUGGAGUGGAAAACCCUCUUCUUGCCUGCCUUGUGAAUGCCCUGUACCAGCUAUUCAGAAUGGGAUAGUUAUAGGUAACAAUUUUGGUUGUGGCAAGAAGAUACAAUUUCAAUGCCUAGAAGGUUUCAAACUUCUAGGGCCUUCAGAAAUCACAUGUGAAGCUAUUGGCAAGUGGAGUUCUGGCCUUCCACACUGCGGGCUGAUUUCAUGUGGCUCUCCACCCAUGAUUCCCAAUGCGUUUAUCAAUGGGGGCAGCUCUGUGGAUCACAACACCAUAAUUUAUAAUUGUGAAAUGGGUUAUGUGAUGCAAGGAAACUCGGAAUUGACAUGUACAGAAGCAGGGGUCUGGAGCAGGCCAUACCCAAAUUGCACAUUACUGACCUGUGGACCUCCACCCUUUGUGCCUCAUGCAGUUGCUUUUGGAGACUCACAAGACUAUGGAAGUAAAGUUCAGUACAGAUGUCUGGAGGGUUAUGUGAUGGAGGCAGAAAUGGAUAUAUGCACCUGUCAGGAAGAUGGGCACUGGUUCCCUAACAUUAUUUCCUGUUGCCCCAGAAAAUGUCCCAUGCCACCAAAUAUAACCAAUAUUAUUAUUUUGGGUACUGAGUUUACUGUGAAUAAAAGCAUUACCUUAUCAUGUCCAGAAGGCUAUCUUUUGACUGGUACCAGCACUUCCACAUGCCAGCAUAAUGGGACCUGGGUACCAUUACUUUCAAAUGAGAUCUGCACUCCUGUCUCCUGUGGAAAACCUGAAGCUCCAGAACAUGGAACUGUGCUUAGCAGCCAAUACAGUUACAAAGAUGCUGCUCUCUAUAAAUGCAACUUGGGUUAUGAGUUAGAAGGUGAUGCAGAACGCAUCUGUCAAGGAGAUAAAUUAUGGAGUGGAGUAACACCAGUGUGUAAAAGCAUAAGAUGUGAAGCCCCUCCAGCAGUAACAAAUGCAUUUCCCAUAACCAGAGAAAAUAUGUACAGAAGUAAUAUAUCCUUUGUAUGCAAUUUUGGAUAUCACUUAGUUGGGCCUGAGAACAUCACCUGCUUGGCCAAUGGAUCCUGGAGCCAACCCCUUCCAACAUGUGAAGAAACCAGAUGUGAAGAUCCAGAAUUGAUUGAGAAUGGAAAUGCUGUCUCUGAAAAUAAUACAGUUGGUAGCAGAGCUGCAUAUUACUGCAAUAGGGGUUACAGUUUGGAAGGAGAGCCGAUUGCAGAAUGCACAGAAGCCGGAACAUGGAGCCACGCAACACCUUUAUGCAAACCAAAUCCAUGUCCUGUACCUAUUAUAAUCCCAGAAAAUGCCAUCCUCUCAGAAACAACAUUUUAUGUUGGGCAAAAGGUAUUUAUCAAAUGCAGAGAAGGCUAUCAACUUCAGGGACAAUCUGUGAUUACCUGUAAUCCUGAUGAGGCCUGGACUCCAACUAAAGCUAAAUGUGAGAGGAUCUCUUGUGGGCCACCUGCUCAUGUAGAAAAUGCUUUGGUCCGUGGAACAUUUUAUCAAUAUGGAGAUGUGGUGACCUAUUCAUGCUACAGCGGAUACAUGCUAGAGGGCUCCCUUCGAAGUGUCUGUUUAGAGAACAGAACCUGGACAAUACCACCAGCUUGCAAAGCUGUUUGCCGUUUCCCAUGUCAGAAUGGUGGUGUCUGUGAGCGACCAAAUGCUUGUUCCUGUCUUGAGGGUUGGAUGGGACGCCUUUGUGAAGAGCCAAUCUGCAUCCUGCACUGUUUGAAUGGAGGUCGAUGUGUCGCCCCUUACCAAUGUGAUUGCCCAACUGGAUGGACUGGGUCGCGCUGCCACCAGGCUGUUUGUCACUCUCCAUGCUUAAAUGGUGGGAAAUGUAUACGACCAAAUCGGUGCCAUUGUACUUCACCAUGGACUGGACAUGACUGCUCUAGGAAACGGAAACCUGGAUUCCACCACUUUUAAUUUAAGAGCAAAGACUUUGAACACUCCGAUUCCAAUCCAGUGGACCUUGGUACUACAGUCACUGUAAAAUCAAAUACAGUGGGUUUUUUAAAACUGUUCUGAAUUUAUUGUUGUUGUUGUUGUUAUUAUUAUUAUUAUUAUAUUUUUCUUAUGCAUUUAAUUUUGAAUGGAAGCAUCUUUAUAUUUUUUCUCUUGCAGAAGUAUAUCAUACAUGCUAAAUGUUGCUGCUGUCAAUACACACAAAUGUACAAAUGUUGUUCACUGAAAGAGAAAAACCUUACAGUCUUUUGUAUUAUGGGUGUAAAGCCUCAUGUUUAAGUUGUGUUUCAUGGCCAAAAAAGAUGCUGGGAUUGGGGAUGAAACUUGAUUUGACUCAUAUUUCCUUUCCCCCAUCCACCUACAAAAUGUAAGUGAAUGCAUGAGACAAAGAACUAUGAUCUCCCAGUUCUUAAGUCUUACCUUCUUAUACUGUUAUUGGAUCCACUAUUGGAAGCAAUUCAGAAAUAGAGAGAGGAAAGGUUAAGACAUGGGAAAGAGGAAAAUUCAGUCUCUCCAUCAUGGUCCUUUUAUAUGCUAAAAUACCUCAUAUCCUGAAUUUUAUAAGUGAAUGAGAUGAAUAAUAAAUGAUUGCCCUGCAGAUCUGAUUUUGGUCUAAGAUACCUUCUGCAAACCAUUUGUCUAUUUCAUCACAGUAAUUACAAGAGGGACAAUAUUUGAUUACUGUUGUCUGAUGGAACAAAUUGGAAUCUGAAGCUUUAAGCAUUCCAAACAGCAUGACGUUCUUCAAUAAGAAUAUCAUAUUUUCAAAAUAAAGUAAAUAAAUAUCUUCCUCCAACCCCACCACUGAUCCUAACAAAAUACUUCCGCCCUUCGGUUUCAAAUAGUUUUCCAUGGCACAUAGAAGACUGUUGCUUGAAAGGGACCUUCCACUAUGGGAUUCUUUCAGAUCCGAUGGUAAUACUAAUGCUGUAAAUAAGAGGCGUGAUCCAUGCUUUCUUGUAAGUAGGCCAGUGAGUGGGCUAUCUGUGAAGGGGAAAGGAUGGGGAAGGGAGGAGGUAGGUCAGUGGGGACUGAACUGCCUCUAAAGGUUUCUUACUGGCUGUUAAAAUCAAGCCUGUUUACUGAGAAAGUACUUGUUAUUUUACUGUGGAUAAAUAUUUAAAACAUAUAUGCAUGCAUGGAUUUGGUGAAUGAUUACCACUUAGUUCAAAAUAAGUAAAACAGUUGCUGCUGUUCCCGUAAAAAGAAGUGAAAAUUAGAUUUCAUCUUUUUGAUAUUAUUUGCCAGGGCACAUCACUUGUCCAAACAGGACAGAUAUCUUCCUAUUUCCAUUGAAACUAAUAAGUAGUUGUUACUUAUCUUGGAUUUAAAAUAUAACAUGUCCUUAAAAUAACAUUCCUCAACGCACUUAUUUCUCAGGAAAGAACUGCUGAGUCCCAGUUGAAAGGUCAGAAUGGCUACCCUGGAUAUCUAAAGUAAUACAAAAAGGCUGUAGUUAAAUACUGUAAUAAUUAUAUCCAGAGACAUCAACCAGAAUAAAUUAGCUGCUGCUAAAAUUAAAAGGUGAAAAGGAGGAAGGCAGACUAAUGUAUUUUGUUCCUUAAUUUACUGUCCUUAUUACUUCCUGUCAGAAGGUAUGUUCCUGUUACAACAGAUGCAUCAUUAGCCAUUUUUUUCUUGACUGGAACUUUAUAUAUUCAAAGCAAUUCAGGCCCAUAAUCCUGCUGCAUUCCCCUUUCUCCUUCCCUUUCACUGCUCAGUUGUAACAGCUUUAUUUUGGGCUUCAGAUGAGGUUGAAACUUACUCUUUCUGCAAGCUAAAUCUAAAGGGACAUAGCUUUGAACGUGUAGGUGGGAAUAGCAUAACUAGUCUAAUUUUUUGCAGAGGAAAGUUUCCUGACAGGUUUGAUAAUGACAGUGUCUGAAAUAAUAUGUUUGAAAAGACAGUGUCUUUUUCCCCAUUCUUUUCUCCCCUGGAAUUGCGUUAUUUGCUCAUAUUACACUUGCUCAUUUCUUUUUAUUUAGCAUAGAGGUCUCUUGCCGACAAAGUAGAGACAAGACACUCCUAAGGAUUAUACCAGCGUGCAUUUUUCUUGACAACACUAUGAAGGUGGUUUGCCAUUGCCUUCAGGGAUUUUUUUAGAGAGACUUGAACUUCUUAGAUGGUCUCCCAUCCAAGUACUAACCAUGCCAAAUUCUGCUUAGCGUAGGAACCCAGAGUAAGACAAUCAGGUGCUACAGUACACAAUGCAAAAAUGAAUAUUGAUUACGAACAUAUUAAAGCAAAGCAUAGUUACCCUCCAGUGCAACUAUGUCAAUUGUUGUGGGGUUUUGUGGUUUGGGAUGACAUGGACAGAAACAGCAGUUUGCACACAUUGAGUUUUUAGGAGCAAUGUAGUACAGUUGUCCACAAUCCAUGCUUACAUUGUUCAGGUUGCAGAGUUCUAGUUUUAGCAAUACUACAAACUGAAAUGUCUGCAAAUCUUUACAGAUGAUAAGAAAAACUGUGAUUAAUUCAUACCUGUAGUAUACUACAUAUAUUUAUAAAUACUAUGACACUCUCUUAUAAUUUGUUGUGUGCACAGGGGCUACAGGAUAUUAGUUAGGAAAAAAAUAGCCCAGUGUGUAGAUCCACCACUGUAAUUCCACUUCCAGUUUAUUGGGGAAGCUGCAUUUCAGAAUGGAAUUGAGUAAUUGUAGCUUAUAUUGUCACAUUAUUUAUCCAUGAUUUUUUGAGCAUGUACAAGUUCUUCCCUUCUCAGGCAUGCUUGCAUAUGUUUAUAACUUUACACUCAAGUUCUUGCUAGGAUUGUUAGCAAUUUAAAAGGAACAAGCAGACCUAAUUUUUUUCUCCUAAACAUUUUCAAAAUUAAGAGGACAAAGAAAAUUGAAAUGUAUGUUCAGUCUCAAUCAGGAAGCAAAACAUAACCUUGGCCAUCUGAGAGAGAGCAAUUUGCCCAUUAGUGCAACAGCAGUUAGUAAAUAAACUUAGCAAUAUCUUUUCUUGUAAGAAGCUGGGUUUUUUCCCCCUCAUUCUAAGGGCAUCUGUUAUUAAAACUGAAAUACGCAAUAUUCAAGCUCUUCCUGAAAAUAUAGUGGUAACAUUUUCAGUAGCUAACUUACGUUCCUAAUGAGCUUUAAGAGGGCUUCCAGUUCUACAUUACUUUGUAAUAUAUGCAGCCAGUUCUAAGAAAUCAGUUUCACUGGGCCUACUCCCCGUGGGCCAGUAACCAGUGUGUAUAGGAUUUCAGCUAUAAGAAAAUCUUCAUAAAAUGGGAAAGGAACUCUAAACUAAAUUAAUCAUCGUGGUUCCUUUUUCUUUGCAAGAUUCCUUCUUUUCUUUUCCUACUUAUUCGUACACUGUGUGUAUGAAUGGCUGUACUUUGAGCCAAAAUAUUUCUGUUCUGUGAAAUGGUGGAAGAUAAUGUACAAUAGUUGAAGCCAGACUGCUUAUUUUCAGUACUAGCAGUUCAUACAUUUUCCCAUUUAUUUGGAUUAAUAUACAAGGUGCAAAAUCUGACCUAGAAACAAGCCAGAAGAUGUAGGUCUCCUGGCAGGAAGUGUGAUGCCUAAAGGGAAAAGGCAGGAGAGUCAAAAUUAGGUUGUUCUUUGUAGUAUUACAUCCUUAGAAGAAUCAUCGUUGCUUUUUUAAAUUAGAGUUUAAAUACAUAAAAUGUAUUGUAAUUUAUGCCACCACCUGUCUUGUGUUUCAACAAUUUCUGCGUGAUGCACUUUACAUUGUAAAUAAAGUUGCACCCCAUUUAGU